CACAAAUUGUUGUUCACAUGUUCUCAUCUUAUUGCAAAGUGUUAUUAAUCCCAUUCCCACUGUCCUUCUGAUUCUUGUGUCACGCAGCUAUGAUUAACUGCAACGUAUAUGAACGCAUAUUCAAGCGUUUCGAUGAAGAUGGUGAUGGCAAACUCUCUCCUUCGGAGCUUCGACGCUGCGUGGGGACGAUAGGGGAGGAGCUGCUCAUGGAGGAGGCGCAGGAGGUGGUGGAGUCGAUGGACUCGGACGGAGAUGGGUUGCUGGGAUUGGAGGAAUUUGUGGGGUGGAUGGAGAGAGAGGGUGAAGAAAGAAAGAUGGAGGAGCUGAGAGAGGCUUUUGGGAUGUACGAGAUGGAAGGGAGUGGGUGUAUUACUGCAAAGAGCUUGAAGAGGAUGCUGAGCAGAUUGGGGGAGUCGAGAAGUGUGGAAGAGUGCUGUGUUAUGAUCAGGCAGUUUGAUGUAAAUUGCGAUGGGGUUCUUAGCUUUGAUGAAUUCAAGCUCAUGAUGCUAUGAUGCUUAUAAUUCUUGAGUCUGAAAGUGAAGAUGAUAUUCUUUAUAAGUUGAACAAGAGUAACUUGUAAACCAAGAUUCUUUCUAUAAAUAGAAUAUGAUACCCAUUUAUUUAUUUUUCAAA